UCAGUAAUUUCGUACGACAGAAGUUUCAUCACAACAAAUACAUUUCAAUUGCUUAUUUUAUGUGAUAAAUUAUAAAGAUUACUUCGAAAUGUCAGGUACAUAUUAUUUUGUGAUCGUGGGCCACGCUGAUAAUCCAAUUUUCGAAAUGGAUUUCAUUCCUGUUACCAAAGAAGUUAAGAAAGAGGACAAUCGACACUUAAAUCAAUUUAUAGCUCAUGCAGCAUUAGAUCUAGUGGAUGAACAUAUGUGGAAAGGCACCAAUACAUAUUUGAAAUCUGUAGAUAAAUUUAACCAGUGGUUUGUCUCAGCUUUUGUUACAGCAAGUCAGAUGAGAUUCAUCAUGGUGCAUGAAGCGAGAAAUGAAGAUGGAAUCAAGAAUUUCUUUACUGAUGUGUAUGAAGCAUACAUUAAACUGAUGUUGAAUCCAUUUUACAAAGAAGACACUGUGAUUAACUUCCCAGCUUUUGAGAAGAAGGUGCAAUUACUGGGAAAGAAGUAUCUAACAUAGCCCAAGCUUGAUGUUUUUAAAGGGUUAUUGAUGAAAGACUGAUAGUGAGUGUCAGUGUCCCUUAAAAUUGACUGAACGCUACAACAUUAAGGGCUUAAUAUAAGAUAUAAUAAUGUUAAUAAAUUGUUUACUAUAAUGUAUUACCAAUAAGUGUUAUAAAUGUAAAUAUUU